UUUUUUUUUUAUUUGUUUAUAUUUCCUUUUUUAAAAGGGCUCAUAAAAAUCAAUAAUUUACUUUUGUAAAAAAACCUUUAAUAAUUCCCUGCAAAUAAAAAACCAAUAUUGCGCCUGAAAUUUUGAAAAUUGAUUGACUGAUAUUCAUUUGCGAUUUUAUUUUGGCAUAUCCUUAGCAACCAGAUAACAUUUCUUUGUCCAAAAACUGUUUGUACAAAUAACGAUUACAGUAGAUUUAAUCGCGCUAUCGUCUGCAACCCCGAACUAAACGCGAUCUCCCGCGACGCGCUAUCGCGCAGUGGCGCGCGGAUGCCAUCGACAUAAAGGCAUCGUUGCCCGCUAACACAAUUAGUGUUAGUUUGUCUGUGGUGGUAUGCGCGAGCUGUCCGUCCAACCAAGCUAAAUUCAAGAUGAUGAACGGUGUUGAUAAAAUGGCCAGUAAAGACAAAUUCAGUACAAUGUCGUUGGACGACGCCAUGAUGUUGGCUGGGUUCGGCACUUACAACAUCCUGCACAUGCUGAUGAGUGGCGUGAUCCUCAUGGGCAUGAUCAUGCAGAGUCUGGCCCUCGGCUACAUCCUGCCGGCUGCGCAGUGUGACCUCAGCCUCACACUGCAGCAGCGAGGGUGGUUAGCAGCCAUACCUUUCCUAGCUAUAAUUCUGACGUCAUAUUUCUGGGGCUGGCUGGCUGACACGCAGGGUCGCAGGCCGGUGAUGUUGUUCUCCAUGAUCAUAUCAGCUGUGUUCUCUGUAUUCGCCAGCUUCUCGCCUGACAUCAUUUCCUUUGGUGUCUUGCAGUUUAUUUCGGCUAUAUUCAUGGCUGGCUCAUCGGCCGUGGUGUACACAUAUCUGGGAGAGUUCAACAAUCUCCGACACAGGGACAAGAUGGUCGCCUUCGGGUCUUCCUUUGUGGGCAUCGGGACUGUCAUAUUGCCUUGUGUAUCCUGGUUGAUCCUCCCUCAAGAGUUCGCGUUUCCCAUAAGUUUCCUGGACAUCUACUACCGUCCCUGGAGGCUGCUCAUCGUAGCCUGCGCUAUUCCCUUCGCACUGGCCUCUGUGCUCCUUCUCUUUGCUCCGGAGAGUCCCAAGUUCUUGUUCGCGACGGGACAGCAUGCUGAUGCUUUGGAAGUGGUGAAGAAGAUUUAUGCCGUUAAUAACAGAGCGCCUGCGGAAGAAUUUCCAGUGAAAUCUCUUUCAACCGGCAACUUCUUGUACAAAGCCAGCGAUAGUAAGGGAAUUGCGGCUAUAUGGAACUCCAUGAAGGAGCAGACCAUUCCGCUGUUCAAAAUGCCACUAAUACCCUGGACUCUGCUUACUUGCUUCGUGCAGUUCGAAUUUUUGCUACGUACGACCAAUGGUUUCUACGUGUGGUUCCCGAGUAUCCUCAACUCUUUGGCAAACCACGACGGCGGCGAGACCAAGAUCUGUGAUGUUCUAGAUGCUAGCAAAGCCGCAGCUGCCAAUGGCACUGAUGUAAUCUGCGAUGACACAAUGAACACUGCAACCUUCGAGCGGUCUAUCUACAUCGGGCUGGUAUUCUGCUCCAUGUACAUCAUCGUGGGCUUCCUCGUCGACUUCGUGGGGAAGAAGCUGAUCCUCCUGACCAUCCUCAGUGUCACUGGCCUCUGUGGUAUCUGCGCCCAUCUGGCCUACAACCAACAACUAGCGGUGGUGUUGUUCGCGGUCUUCCAGAUGUCCGGAGCCUGUAUCGGUCUCAUGAAUGCUGUCGCUGUCGAACUGUUUCCUACUAAGUUUAGGGCUAUGGCGAUAUGUUUGUCAAUGAUGAUGGGUAGAGUUGGCUCCAUGGUUGGAUCCAACUUGAUCGGUAUGUUCUUGGAGACCAACUGCGGCGCGGGAUUCUAUCUGUUCGGUGGUAUUCUUAUUGUGAAUGCAAUCUGCUGUCUCACAUUACCCGCGAAGAAAACAAUUCAACCAUCAAAAAUGAUCAACGUGGAGUCAACGCAGAACCAAACCCACGAACCUGUAUGAACGAACCCAACAAUCCAACGGCAGAACGACAAAUAAUAGAAGCGAUUCAGAGGUCGAUAGAAUAAAGAAUUUAUUAAAAAAAAUAUGUUCACGUGUAGAAGCCAAAGAUUGACAGCCAUAACCGAGUUAACCACAAUAAAUCUUGCAGAAGAUGACUUUCACAAGCGAUUUUUACAAUGUAAACGCGGCAAGCUGACUCCUGCAAAUUUUAAAGCUUGCAGGACUUGCGGCGAGUUGUGUGUAGAAAUAUAGCAAUAUUUCUGCUAUUGUAAACGUAUUUGGAAGUUCUUGCGCAAAAUAUUGCUAUGAGAACUUAUUUGUAACGUAGCUUCAUGCAGAAUUAUAAAGAAAUAAAUUGUCGUUGUAUUUAAUAUAUUAGAUGAAAGGCAUGAACUGAGUGUAAAGGAAACGGUCCAAAAACUAACACAAGUGCUAAUGAUUCUUAGAUAUGAUGACGUUACAAAGAAAAUAGCAAAAAA